UGUUUAUAUGGGAAACAAGCCAGGCCAGUAAGUGAGAUCCCACUGCAUGAGAGGUGGGAUCUCAAAGAGGUGGGAUUUAUUUUUUCCAUAUAAACACUGUAAAGUGGAAUGAAGCUGGAAGAUUAGAUUAAUUGUUUAUAUAAACACGAAUAGAUUUUGUCCAACUUGUCAGCACACAUGCUGGAAGGUGGGAUAAUUUUCUCCGUUUACAGCUGGAAGGUGGGAAAGAAUCUGAAUGUAAAUAUUCGAUGAUUUCAUCCCACCUGCCAGAUUAUGGGCUGAGAGGUGGAAUAAAUUUCCUCAUAUAAACAGGCCCUUACUUUGCUUACAAUAUUGAGAGUUUUAACCAUUACAACAAGGUUUAAUAAUUUAAAAAAACAGUUGUUCGAACAUAGAUUUGUAAAGUUACGAAAGGAGGAGAAAAGGAGUGAUAUCACUAUACAUAUGUUGUAAGGGACCUUCAAUCAGAGGAUAAUAAUAUAAAAUUGGAUGGAGGCAAGUCAUCAGCAAGAUAACCACAAGGAAAAUUUUUGGACAAUGAUUCAAUCUUGUUCACCGUAACACGAAUACCAAGAAAACUAUUUUUACAAAUUUAUCUCGGUUUCAAAAUAGCUUUACGAAUACGAGGUACGACGCGGGAGAACCGCAGCAUAAACACGCGUUGACCCGGCCUCCAUUUUGGAAAUAAGCAAAGUUGCUAAAAAAAUUUUGAUUAUCGAAGGUGAAGAAUUCAAAAAUGAGCAGAGAAGAUGGAAAUUAAAAUCAAGCUGAAAAAAGUCAUACAUGGAGCAAAUAACUCGGAAAGCAUCUUUGGUUUUUGUAUGAAUCUGUUGCUGCUAAGAUUUUCGCAGUAAUUUACAUGUGCCGCCUUCUGGAAUCGAGAAAGACGCCAUAUUCAUAAAUACAUAUUUUCGUAUCCCAUUACACAGCCACGAACGAAGGAAAGGAAGCAAUGACUGGGAGAAAGGCUAAGCAUGCAAAGCUUCCACAGCUGUUUACAAAGGAAAAACCUUUAUGCCAUGGCCAGCUGAAGUUCUAUGUUGGAGCUAAGAUCGAGGCCCUCGACUCCAAAAAGUGGUAUCAGGCAAGAAUAGUCAACAUCAAUACUUUGAAUUUGAAGGUGCUUGUGCAUUUUGAGGGCUGGAAUUCAAGGCAUGAUAAAUGGUUGGAGCACACAAGUGAAUCUUUGCGACCACUUUUAUCAGGAGACCAGAAACAUCAGGAAGGCUACAAACGAAAGGAGCUUCAGCCUGGGGACAAAGUUCUGGCAAGAUGGAGUGACUCCAAAUAUUAUCCUGCCAAGAUCAAUGCUUCUGUUAAUGAAAAAAUAUAUGAAGUAAUAUUUUAUGAUGGAUUCAAGAAGAGACUUAACAAGAACUGUAUCCGGCCAGACCCAAAGAGAACAUUUGAGGCUUUUGAAGCCAAGUUCAAAGAAAACCCAGCUAGUGGAAUGCCACGUGAUGUGCCUGUUCCUGGAACUUCAGCAAGUGUUUCUCCUCCUUCAAGCAAAAUCAACAGAACUAAAAGGCGGCACGCGGAACCUAGCACAAUGGCUGAUUUUGUGACUAUAAUACCAAAGAAGAGAUUUAAACAUCGCUUUUCAGGAACACCCAGCGAUUCGGAUGAAUUUUCAGGACAUAAUGAUCACUGGGAAAACAGGAGUAAAGAGAGUCAUCCACAAAAUCAAGAGCCAAGUACGUCAUCACCAAUGAAAAUAUCUACAAAGAAUCGGUUGAAACAAAAAGGCCCAGAAUCUUCUGUUUCUGCUAAUAACGCUGAUACGCCUUCUGCUGAUUCAUCUUAUCAGGAAGCCCCCAUUGAUGACUUAGGCGAUCAAAUGUGCUGGUCGUCUCCAUCUGAGAGCUCUGUUUCACCAAUACGACAGAGAUUUUCUGGACUGACAGAGCACAACAAGAAAACUUUGAAGAAGAAGAAAAAGCUCGGAGGGAAUUUUCUUAAAAUAAAAUUACCUCUUGACGUACCACGAAAGAAGAAACGUGGACGAAAAAAAAAAGUAGUUAGUUCCAUAGAAAAAGGAGAUGCUCAGAUCGAUCAUCAACAAAAAAGUAAAGAAUUUAAAAAGAAAAUAAAUGUAAGCUCCAAUUCUAAAGUAGGUUUUACAGGCGAAGAGAGCGUGCCAAACGAUGAGCAGACUAGAAAAGAGGAAUGUAAUGAGGCCUUCAUUGUUGCACUGAAUGCGAAUGAAGACCAGGGGAAAAUUGCUGAGAAAGAGCGCAGAGUUACAGAGUUGAAUGAAAGACCGACUGAUGGAGCUGUAGAUGGGACAGGAAGUAAACUGAUUUUGAAGCAAAAGCGUCCGAGAGGUCGCCCAAAAAUGAGUAAAAAUAGAAGGAAGUCUGAGCCAGCCUCGGCAUUUGAUAGCCAAACACGUUUACCCAGGCGAGAACGAAAGCUUACUGAGAAGGGACUAGAACUACUGCAAAGUAUUGGCAGCAAGAGAGGCGUUGAUGGUUUGUUGAAAGAGUCAUACAUACACGCUGAAGCUGAACAACAACCUAUGAUGUCUAGCAGCCAAGGAGACAGUCAUACUCAAGAUCAUGAAAGCAACAAGAUGACAACUGAUGACUCAAAUCCGAAAGAAGCUACAAGUUUAAUGGUGCGAAUCAGUCCGUUCAAAGUAAAUCGUUUUCCAUCUGAGAAUAAAAAGAGAAUUGACGCCUCUGGGCAUUUAAGCCAGGAGCCAAGUGUAGUUGGCAAUGCCAAAAGGAAGCUUGUGAUCAGUCCAACGAAGACAAAACCUUUUGAUGCUGCGGAAGAUGUCGUAAUAAAGUUGAAGGAAAAGUCUGUAGAGGAAAUGGAAGAACCCGAAGAUCAUUUCAGAGAUAAGACAAUAAUAGGGAAAGUUACAGACUUGGAAUCAUCUUCUGAAAGCAUUGUGAAGGAAAAGAGCAGUUUGGGAAGGGAGUCUACCGAGGCAAAGUCUGACGUAAGUGAAAAGGCAGACACGUGCAAAGAUGAUGAUGUUGAUGAACAAUAUUCAGAUACCUAUUCGGAAGGAAGUGGAAACCUGGUCAUAGAUGUUGAUGAUGAUCUCACUGCAAAGGCGUUGGCAGACAAAGAUGAGCCUUCGUUAGCGACGGAAAAACAAAAUGAGGAUCAGGAUGGUAGCACUGCCUGCCAGACGAACGCAGGUGCGAAGCCAAGAACAUUUCCUAGGCUUAAAUAUACUCUAUCGCACGAAGAAAGAAAGGGUAACAGGCUGGCAAAGCGUAAAAAGAUUAGAUCGAAGCUCAAAUCAAGAAUAGAAAAAAGAAUAGAAACAGCGAAGAAGGCAAUUGAGAAGGAGCAAAAAUUGCCCUCAACUGCCAGCCCACUCGAGUCAUUGACUAGAAUGGUCUCAGAGAGAGCAGACUCCAUUGGUUUCCCUUCUAAACCAGAUGACACAGCUGUGGAAGAAGCAGUAAAAACUGGCAUCCAGUCAGAAGAAGGCAUGCUUGAAGGUAAGCCUACGAAAAGUUUGAAGCAGCAAAGAGGACCAUAUAAAUCUAGGCUGAAGAUGGAAGGCAGCUUCCUUAGUAUGGUGCAUCAAGAUAGGCCCUCGCAAGUUGAGCGACCUGUCUGCAGUAAGCUUGUGAAAGAAAAACUUCCUCGUGGACGCCCUCGAAGUCGAAAUUUGAAUAGACCAGAGGCAGGCUGUACUGAUGGUAGUAUUAAGAAUGAAGAAACUAGAAAUACACCAGGGGAAUCUAAGGAACUCCUAAAGGAGCCUCUAGAUUUCUCUGUAUCUACUUCUGAACGCCACGACACAAGCAGUUCCAACCAACUACAAACGAAUUUAUCCACUCAAGGUUUAAUGCCAGUCCAGCAGGAAGUCUUCCAGGUACCUGGUUAUGGUCCACAACAUUUUAUACCAUACACAGUGCCACAAGGAAGCUUUGUUGGCCCACCACCAAGGCACCUACCGCCAGGGCAUGUUCAACCAAGGCACAUUUUGCCUUUUCAAGGUCCAAACACACAGCUGCCACCACCUCAUGGCAUACCAGUGAUGAAAUCUGAGCCGCUUGGGUUUGAGAUGAUGAGAGGGGCUCAAGGAAUGGUUCCUUAUAGAGGUAUGAUAGGGCUAACAGAAAUGCGAACUCCACCUCCAGAGUAUGGAGUUUUGAACACGUUACAGCCUGUGAUGAACCCUCAUUUCACUACAGGACCCGUUGCAUUUGGUUAUUCUACAGAGUGUAUUAGAUUCCAGGAACCAGGAAUGCAGAAUGCAGGGCCAUAUAAAGGCGAGGUCAGGGAAUGUCCUUGCCAAGAAUGUCGUAAUUUCACUAGCCGUCCAAUGGACGUACGUAUGGAUAAACAAAGAAAAAGCGGUGAUGCCGUUAGCCCUGUUAUUUCCAAACAGUCGCCAGCACCAGAAUACGUUGAAAAUGUAAACAGGGAAUCGCCAAUGACAUCUGAACAAAGCAAGGGGAUGGAACAGGACAAGGAGCCUAUUAUAACUGGUGUCUAUUCUCUCAGAGACAGUAAUGCUGUCAAUGCAAUCCAGUCUAAAGCAAGUAAUAGCGAAUUGGCUGAGAAGGAUAUAUCGCAAUCAGAAGAAACGAAUGAUGAGUUAGCUAGGUCUACUCCCGAGACUAAGGAAUCUUUUAUAGAUUUGAACCAGACUGUUGCACGUAAAGAUGAUAUAACUGAUGUGGAAACCGAAUCAAAGGAUGCUGGGAAAUCCAGUGAAGGCACCCAGGUAACUCCAAAGCCAAAAGAAUUUGAAUCAAAGAAAAAGCGGCUUGACUUUAUUACGGGUAAACUAAGUGCUCAGAAGCAAAAUGUUAAGGCUAGGACACAAGAUUCAGCUGAGAAAACAAAUGAUCUGCCAGGCACCGAUACAAAUAUAGCUGAAGCUGAAGCCUCAGGUAUUGAUAGAACUCAAGAAACGGACGAUGCAGCUAGCUCAGUUAAUGAUAAACACUUAGCUGGUCAAACGCCGCCAGACUAUGCAAUGAAACAAACUCAGUUGGUAUUUAAUGCGACACCGGAGCCUCGUGGCUCGGCCGCAAACACGGUAGGGCCUACAAUAUCCCAAGAUGGGCAUAUGAUUGCUACUUUUCCUUAUCAAACCAUUACUAUGGACCCAAGGAUGAGUUUUCAAACUCCCGAGUUCGCUCCGCACAUGCAGCCCAUUUACAACCAGCCAGGUUUGCCUCACAGUGGUUACCAGCCUCAUUUACGCCCAAUGCCGUAUGUAAACUAUCCCAGAUUCCCUAGUGCGCCUCCGUUCCCUUACGGACCACCGAGAUACAUUGCAGCCCCUGGUUACUACAUCCCAAGAGAGACUCUACAGAAUGUGACGUCGCAUUACCCGCCACCGUAUGGGAGCUUCCCUGUGUCGUCAGCAAACCAGCGAUUCCCAGUGAUGGCUCCAGGUGAAAGACUGCCAGCAGUUGUGUGCAAGACUCCCAAUUGCAGCUGCCCACUUCCGCAUGCAGCACCACCGAUACAGAUAGCACCUAAAUCAGCUAGAAUGUCGCCUUCGAUAGGGCAAAGUCUUGAUCAAGGGAUGAAUCCGACUAAACCCGAAACCCUACAGACGCCUACAGUAAACCAGAGUGUCCCUACAUCUCCUCAGAGAAGUCAGAAAAAGAAAGAUACAUUAAUGAUGGGUGAUCCCAGAAGACUCACUUUGCCGUUACAGAGAACAAAGAAACUUGGCGUUAAGCAUGAUAAAGGAAAGGAGUCUGCUGUUCAUGAGAAACCAAAUGAAGAUCACAGAUCAAAUAAUGAGGAAGAAGACGAGGAGCAUCUGAGUGCCUCUGGUGGUGCUGGGAUAAACGACGAAGACUCGAAUGAUUUUGGAGAAGCAGAUGAAGAGGGGAAGGAGAAUAGUCCAUUUGACCAACCAGCGAAUGGGGAUAAUUUGAAUAGCAGAAAUAGCAAUGAGAGUUUGAAGGCUUCAUCUAAGAAGGUCGAAAAGUCUCUUCAUGGAAAGGGAAAAGUCCUUGCACCGAAAGAAUUUACAGUCGAGUUGGACUUGAACGAGUUCCGAUGUCAACAUACGGGCUGCAGCAAAUCAUUUAGGAAAGCGUCAAGUCGUGAUUAUCAUCAAAAGUACUUCCACACGCCUCGUGUACCUCAAAAGAAGAGGAAGCUAUCAUCUUGCUUGCCUUCUCCAAUCUCAAGUGACGCUCUCCUAUCUCCUGGUGGCUCAUUUUUGCAUUCAAAAUCGUAUAGAAACCUUUCUUCAAACGAUGGGGAUUUGAAGACUCCUGAGGACAUGGCAAAUGUCAGAAGUGGUUAUGCCAGCUCUGUAAUGACUGAUGAGAAUUUAUCAGACAGAGAGAAACAUGAUGAUAUGAGCGAUGAAGAUAGUGACGAAAGUGAUUCGGACACAGAUGGCUCUGCUUGUGUUGAUGACAUCAUCAAAUGUAAAUGUGGAGACCUUGAAGAGCAGGGAUUUAUGAUACAGUGUGAGCAGUGUUUUACUUGGCAACAUGGAGAUUGUGUCAAUUUAUCCAUACAAACCGUUCCAAAGAAAUACCUCUGCUAUAUUUGCACAAAUCCAGAAGGCCUACGAAGCUGUUAUAAAUAUAAGAACCAAUUGACUGGUUCAAGAAAGUACGCUACGCUGCCAUCUUUGAUUGAAACUGAAGACAAGAAUCAAGAGAGAAUUUCGAAUAUUAUGCAGGCCAGUCACGCGUUGAUGGAAGAUGUGGCAAACAUUUUUGACGUCAUUAAUGGGAUCAAGAAAAAGCUUACUUUAUUAGAUAAACCAUCUGACCAAUCUCUACUGCGAUUUUGGAGAAAAUAUGAGGAAAAAGCUAACAAGAAUGAAGAUAUUAAAGACCAGAGCGUUGAUGAAAACAAGAUCGAGUCAAAUGAAAGGAAAGAGAUUGUAGAAAGUGAUGAAAGAAUAGAAAGUGAUAAAAGAAUAGAAAGUGAUAAAAGAAUAGAAAAUGGAACAUCUGAUCUUGAUAAAUGUGCAAGGGACUCAUUUACUGAGAAAGAUUCAGUGAUUGAAAAUGGGAGAUCGAAUGAAGUCCAAAAUGGUGAAGAAUUAUUAAAAGAAAAGAACUUGAAAAAUACAGAUAGCGAAAUUGAUAUCAAAGUAAAAGAAAGCCCUGACAUUGGUAAUGAGCGUAUUCAAGAUAUAAAGGGGGUAGAAAAAGAUUGUAAAGAUACGUUGAGUUUGGUACCGAAGGAUUCAGAAUGUGCGCAAAUGGCGGAACCAAGGGAAACCACAGAAGAGAAAAAGGACGGAAAUGAUGAACUUGACAUUGUUUAUGCAAAAUUGAAUUUACUUAAUCACGUGGAUGAAAUCGAAGUUCAGCUAAGCAAAAGGAUGGACGAAAUUGAAUCAAAUUUAGAUGUUUUGGAGCAAAACUACAGUCAAGUAGAAGAAGAAGCUGAAGAUGGGCAAGCCAAAUCAUCUUUCAAAAUUGUAUUCCCCGAUAUGGCAUCAAUUGCUCGCCAUCUUAAUAUGAUAAACCGGCAAUUGAUUGAUGCCAAGUGAGCUACUUUCGUUGAAUAGCUAGAAUAUUCAUAGAAUAAUAUUGAAAACUAAAAGGUCGUUGUCCUUAUAUGCAAGAAAUUUAGUUGUUUAUAUGCAAAAAAUUGCUUACAUACUAGAUUGUAUGUAGACCAAACAGCUGAUUGCUUUUACCGGCAUUUCAAAAUUUGGAGGCAGAUGGGAGAGCUGUUAGAUUGCUUAUACAAAUUGCACAUAAGGGGCUAGCUUUGUCCUAUAAGUUCUGAGUAUUGAAUAUAUAAGCAGGGCCGCCGAGAGGAAAAGUGCUAGGGGCAAGAGGGUAACUUGCUUCUUGGCCUUGAGGUCUAGGGGGCCUCGUAUUUCGGUAUUGCCCCAGGGCCUCCAAAACCUCCUGGCGGCCUGUAUAUCAGAUGGGAAACUGUCAGAAAAAGUUCAAAAUUGAUAUUUUGAUAAAUUGAAUCAAAGAAAAAAAUGUUUGCAUAUUGUUAGAGAACGAAUUGUCGGAAAUAACCCCAAUGUUUUGUUAACUGCUAAAAUGUUAUGUUUUUGUAUUGCUAGAUGAAUUUCGAUAUAUGACAUUGCAUUUUAAUUCUUUACAUGAUUGUGCAACCUGCCUUAAUUGUUGCUGUUGACAAAAUUAUUUUAGCAUCUCGGAUCGCUAAUGAGGUAGUGCUGAGAAGAUGAUUUCAAUCUUAGUAAAUAUCCUUAGUUAUGUUGUUGCUUUGAUGUUGUGUUGUUUAUCCCGUUUGUCUUCCUUUGUUGAAUUAGCAAUUUUUAUUGUGUUAAGAAAUUAAAGAGAAGUAUAAGUAAAGGAACAGAAAUUUGAAACUGACUCAGGUCUCCAAUUUACACAUCUGAACACCAUAGCAAUAGCUGUCUGACGUAUAGUGAGGAUGGGGGUUUUGCAGAUAGGAAGGGAAUGGGGUUCACACUCAUUGAUAAAUUUUUUUAGUAUGAAAUUCCGUUUUUUAUGUGUUUAGCUCAACGGAUUUAUUUAAAACACUAUGAUUAUUGAUGUUUAAGUAAAAUAUAUAUUCUAAGAAGAACCCACUUAAGCAUUAUGUUAAGAUGUUUUAAUUGAAAUAAAGAAACAUAAAACAUUUCACGUGCUUUUUUUAAUACGUCAGACAUCCGUUACCUAAGUUUUAUUUUAUUUAUCUUGCUAAAGAUUGAUUAUUUAUGCCCCUUUGUUUUAUUUGGUCUUCUUUUUCCUUCUCCUUCAAUUAAUAUAAUUGAAAGAUUGAAUAUUUUUACCUAUUUGUGCGAUGUAUGCUCAGUCUUAAUUUUCCAAAGGAAGCCUUUUCUCGAGGAAACCACUCACGCUGUUAUUGAUUAUUGAUUUUUAUGCUAACGCCGUAUAAAAAAGGCAGAAAAAUGGUUCCUUUUUCUAAAUUAAGAUGAAUACCUCUGUACACAUAUAAGAGAUAUGUAUAGUAAACCCUGUAUGUAAAUAUGUACGGUUGAUUAUAUUUCAUUAAAAGAUUUUGUUAUGUUUUUA